UGUCAAAGUGGAAUUGUUAAACGAAAGUUGCGUGUUUUUUUUUACAAAAGUUUGUUUAAACUAAUAAGGUAUGUCGAAGGAGACAAAUACCAAGGAGGCGUUGGUAAAGGCAGCCUAUAGUGAUGUCAAUAAGUUUGCCAGCAACCAGGAGUACGAUAAGGCUGUAAAAGCAGUCAAUCGAAUUUUGGGAGUUGCGCCAGAUGAUCAGACGGCGCUACACUGUAAAGUUGUGUGUCUUAUGCAGCUUUCGAAGUUCGACGAGGCGCACAAGUUUAUUGAGAAGAAUCGUAUGAAUGGCACGCUAAUUUUUGAGAAGGCUUACUGUGAAUACCGCUUAAACAAGCAGUUGCAGGCAUUAAAAACUAUUGAUGAAGCAGGCAUGCAGCCAUUGCCAGAUAAGCUGAAGGAGUUGCGCACUCAAGUGCUGUAUCGAUUGGAGAAAUACGAAGAAUGCCUGGAGGCGUAUAAGGAUAUCAUCAAGAAUAGCAGCGACGAAUAUGAAGACGAGCGCCGCACCAAUCUCAGUGCAGUCGCAGCUAAUUUGGCAUUGGAUCCAAAUAAGGAUGUACCCGAUGUGCCAGAGGACACUUAUGAACAGUACUUUAAUAGUGCUUGCAUUCAAUCCAAUCGUCAAAAGUUCGUGGAAGCUGAGCGUAAGCUACGCUCGAGCGAAAAACUGUGUCGGGAGUUUCUUGAAGAAGAAGGUGCUAGCGAGGAAGAAAUCAUUGAGGAGUUAGACGUUAUACGCGUUCAGCUAGCGUUUUGCUUGCAGCAGCAGGGCAAGACCAAAGAGGCAGGCAUUAUAUAUGCUGACUGCUUGCGUCACAAGCCCAAAGAUGCUGCUUUAGUAGCAGUUGCCAGCAACAAUGCGGUGGUCAUCAAUAAGGAUCAAAAUGUGUUUGAUUCAAAGAAGAAAAUACGCGCAGCCAUGGCCGAUGUAUGCGAGGCAAAGCUAACAUCACGCCAAAAGCAAAUUAUUGCGUUAAAUAAUUGCCUUUUGGCUUUGUACACGAAUGCCAGCGAUCAAGUGCAGCAGCUGUCGCAAAAACUGGUGCAAAGCUAUCCGAAAAUAGAAUUUGAAGCGCUUCUCAUACGUUGCAGUCAAUUGGCUAAGGAUCAUAAGCACAAGGAUGCCAUUGAGCAGCUCCAAAAGUUUGCAGCAGCGCACAAAACGCAUGAGUUUGUAACGAAGUUUGCCAUUAUACAACUGCAAUUGUUGCAGGGUAAUCGCAAGGAUGCCAUUGAAACAUUGCUCUCGCUGGGCGAGGCCAAGUAUAAGCCUGGUAUUGUCUCAGCUCUGGUAACACUUUACUUAGGCACGGACAACAAACCUGCCGCCUCGGCGGUGCUUAAGACUGCUGUUGAUUGGUACAAGCAGAACAAUGUGAGCAGUGGCGAUUUGUCGGACAUGUGGCGUCAGGCAGCAGAAUUUCAUUUGCGUGGUGGCGCCUCGGAGACGGCUGCCAGUUCGCUGGAGGAGUUGCUCAAGCUGAAACCGAAUGAUAUGAAGGUGUUGGCACAGUUGGUCAUUGCCUAUGCUCAGUUUAAUCCUAAACGUGCGCUAGAAAUUAGCCGCAAGCUGCCCAAGCUGGAAACAUUGACUACCGCCUCGGAAAUCGAUGCACUUGAGGCGGCCAACUGGGUUAUGUCCGCUAAGGCAGCUAAGAAAACAGCAGCCAAUGCUAAGGUAGAAGCCUCCCCUGGCACGCCCGCCGCUGAGAAAAAGAAGAGCGCACAUCGCAAGCGCAAAGGAAAACUGCCCAAGAAUUAUAACGCAGAGGUGGCGCCAGAUCCAGAGCGUUGGCUGCCAAAAUAUGAACGCACUGGCUUCCGCAAGAAGCGUGGUGGAGCACGUGCCAAGGACAUUAUCAAGGGCUCUCAGGGCAUGGCCUCGGGUGCAGCUGAUCAAUAUGAUAUGUCGAAUCGUGUCAAUCUCAACAAGAAUUCACCUGCAACGCCCGUCUAUCAGGAGCCCACACCAGGUCCCAGGCAGCAACAUCGCAAGGGUGGACACAAAAAGAAGAAGGGCGGACGUUUCUAAGGCACGUUCCUAACUUUUAUAUUUCAAUCAUAUAAACAAAAUUACAUUGGGUGUUUUUCUUUACUAUA